CCUUACUCAUUCAGCUUUGACUCAAAACUGCCACCACCAUCUCCGCUGGCGUACUCGCCACCACGUACCGGCAAGUCUCUAUAUUCACGCCCACAUCUCAAAAUUUACACCGUUUUUGACGGUUAUAAAAUUAUACAGCACACGUAAAAUCAGAAUAUAUAAAUUGUACCCCGCAAAUUUCUUUCCCCUCCUUAUCUCAUCACUACCAUAUUUAUCCUAAAAUUUCUGCUACUUGUAUGCAUUGUACACAUGUAAACUAACCCCAAGUGGGCAAAAAAAUGUUUUAAGAUGGAAAAUACAUUUUCUUAUUCCAGUCUUCUACGUGAAGAAGAACACACACUGAUUAUAUCUGAAGAAAAUGGUGAUGAAUAUAUACAAAUGUUGAUUGAUAGAGAAAUUGCCAGUUUUGGACUCCUAGGUCAAAACUCUUCACAUGUUACCAAUUUUGACUGGAUUCAACAAGCUCGCUUGGCUGCAGUUCAGUAUAUUCUUAAAACAUGAGAAUCAUUUGGAUUUAGAUUCCAAACAGUUUAUAUAGCAGUGACAUAUUGUGACGGAUUUCUUUCAAGAAGGUUUCUAGAUGGUGAAAAACAGUGGGCAGUAAAGUUACUAGCAGUGGCAUGUUUAUCUUUGGCUGCAAAAAUGGAGGAAUGCAAAGUGCCAACAUUAACAGAAUAUCCCAGUGAAGAAUAUAUUUUUGAGAGCAGAGUGACUCAAAGAAUGGAGCUCUUGGUACUUAAUACACUGGAAUGGAGAAUGGGGUGUAUCACUCCUUUUUAUUUCAUUAAUUAUUUUGUAUCAAGAUUUUGCAAAAAUGAUUCAAGGAAAUGUGUGAUUUCCAGUACUGUGGAAAUCAUCUUUGGUGCUCUCAGAGAUAUAAAGUUAAUGAGUGUGAGACCAUCUGUACUAGCAGCAGCGGCUACAUUACUGGUACUAAAUAAAAGUUUGACCAUGGAAGCUUUAGAGGUUGAAAUAAAUGUCUUACAUUUGAAUGGUAUUCUUCAAAUUGAUGAUGUGUUUUCUUGCUAUAAUCAAAUGUUAUACCUUAACAAGGAAAUAUGUAAGUCACACAAGUGCUUAGUAUCUCCUCAAUUGUCACCAAAUCAACUGCUGAGGAAUUGGUAAAUUAGAAAAAUCUUCAGUUCCAUCCAAAAGAAAGAGACUCACUUUCCUGGAGAUUGACCAAAUUGAUGAUAAACCCCAGCAGAAGCGUCAAUGCACAAGUAAUGUUGGCAAAUAAAGCACAAGUUCAACUCCAAUCAGUUGGGUUAUUAGGGUCUCAACCGUUAAAGAAACAUUAGUAGGAAUUGUUGGUUUUAGUGUUUGUUGAAUUUAUUGUUUAUUAAUUUAUUUUUGUUGUUUAUUCAUCUCUCAAGCUUACUAGGAUAGUCUGUCUAUCUUCAAAUCAGAACGGGGUAAUGUGUAGUUACAGCUCCCUCAGAUUUUUUUUCCUUUCACUUGGGAUGCUUUUAUAAUAUAACAAGUGUCUUUUGAAGAAAGUGGAAAGCAAUUUGGGGCUAUGAGAGGAUGAAAGUUUAGAACUGUUUGUGUGAUUUGAUGCAUCUAUGUCUCUUGUUGGCCAAUAGCCAUCAACAA